CCCUUAUAGAUUUAAAAAGAGACGCUGCAUUCUCAGACUGACAUUCAUUCAGCACUCACUGCCACCUUUUAAACAGAUUUACUCUGUUCGCUUAGCUGCUAGUGUCAAUUCCCGAUACCUUGUUCACUUCACUUCGUCUCCAGCACCAUGCUCAGGAUGCUACAGAAACUCCGUCUCCAGCCAGGGAUGAGUCUAUUAUUGAUAUGGCUCUGUCAUUUCAUGGAAGAUCAAAAAGUACAAGCUGGCAACUGCUGGUUACAGCAAGGGAAGAACGGGAGGUGUCAGGUGCUCUACGUACCGGGGAUGAGCCGAGAGGAGUGUUGUCGAAGCGGGAGGCUGGGGACGUCAUGGACCGAGGAGGACGUACCCAACAACACCUUGUUCCGGUGGAUGAUCUUUAACGGCGGAGCCCCUAACUGCAUACCCUGCAAAGGUUCACGUUUUAUUAGUCAAACGUGUGACAACGUGGACUGUGGACCCGGAAAGAGCUGCAAGAUGAACAGGAGAAGUAAGCCGCGCUGCGUCUGUGCUCCAGACUGCUCCGACGUCACUUGGAAAGGACCUGUCUGCGGGUCGGAUGGAAAGACAUACAAAGACGAGUGCGCGUUGCUCAAGUCCAAAUGUAAAGUCCAUCUGGACCUGGAUGUGCAGUACCAGGGCAAAUGCAAGAAGACCUGCCGUGACGUCUUGUGCCCGGGAAGCUCCACUUGCGUCGUGGACCAGACAAAUAACGCGUACUGUGUGACCUGUAAUCGGAUCUGCCCUGAACAGACGUCACCGCAGCAGUUCCUGUGUGGCAACGACGGGAUCAUCUACACCAGCGCGUGCCAUCUGAGGAGGGCGACAUGUCUCCUGGGAACGUCCAUAGGAGUAGCAUACCAGGGGAAAUGCAUCAAGGCCAAGUCGUGCGAGGACAUCCAAUGCAGUGUGGGGAAGAAGUGUCUGUGGGACGCCAGGAUGAGCCGAGGCCGCUGCUCCCUCUGUGAGGAGGUGUGUCCAGAGAGCCGGAUGGACGAGGCGGUGUGCGCCAGCGACAACACCACCUACCCCUCGGAGUGUGUUAUGAAGCAGACUGCCUGCUCUCUGGGAACGCUCCUGGAGGUUAAGCAUUCAGGAUCUUGCAACUCCAUAACAGAAGACCGUGAGCAAGAGGAGGAGGAGCAAGAAGAUCAGGACUACAUGGUUCACAUCCAUCUGUCCCCCUUAUUGGAUGGAUAGACUGUCUAUCAUAUCCACCUGACCUCCUUAUUGGAUGGAUAGGCUUUCUAUCAUAUCCGCAUGCUCUCAUUAUUGGUUGGAUAAGUUGUCUAUCAUAUCCACAUGCUCUCCUUAUUGGUUGGAUAGGCUGUCUAUCUACCUGCCUGGUCUCCACACAGGGAACAGUCCUAGGGCCAGGUCUCAUGUUGUCCAUACUGUACAGUACAUAUGUAUAUGCUUAUUUAUACAUAUUGUUCAGUUCUGCUAGAUGUUUUAUUUAUACUGUGUUUUGUGUUAUUUUUUAAAAUAAUUUAUACAUUUACAAUGUUCAGGAUUACUGUGUACCAUGUUAUUGUUACCACUUGUUUCUAUUGGUUUUGUUGUCCUGUUUAUUUUUUUCCUUCCUUCCUUCCUUCCUUCCUUCCUUUUUAUUUUUAUAUAUAAUGAAGAAAAAUAUAUUUCUCCAAAGAGAAGCAGUGUUAUUUAUACAGAGUGUAUACACUGACAGUGAAGUAUCCGUCUCCAUUCUGUAAGCUGUAGUGGGACUCUCAUGACUCCCUGUGUUGGACUAACCUACCUAUGUUCUCAGUGUUAGAUAUCUCAUUCACACAUCAAUGCAUGCUUUAGCCUACUGUGUGUUUAUUUAUGGGGGGGGAAAUCUUAUCUAUCAAUCAUUUAUGUACAGAAAUGUUUCUGCUUUUUUGUUUUUGUCUAACCCAUUAUUAUAACUUGCUAAAGGGAAAUUUGUUAGGGUCAAAUCUAUUUUAAUUCCAAUGCGUUUUCAGGAAGUAAACCCAAUUAAAAAAUGUUCCUCGUUGAAGAGAAUUGGAAUUUCAGUGUACUUCCUGAAUGGAAUUUAAAUGGAAUUGAAUUCCCACUUGGUUAUGAAUGCAGCCUUAGUUACUCCCUCCCCUAUAAUGUGUUUCCCCAAUGGAGAACAUCACCCAGUAGCAGUAUUUUUUAAUUUGACAUGUUAAGAACAGAUGUGUGUGUGUGUGUGUGUGUGUGUGUGUGUGGGGGGGGGGGGGGUAACACUUGAUUUUGUCACAAGAUGUGCCAUGAACAUUUGUGUGCUGCCAAUGUUGUGCUCCAUGUAGCUCUUGCAGAGCUCACCUGACUAAAAUGCUAUACACAUACACUGUAUUACACCUCAUCACUUUGCUUUUCUCAUACUGCCCUUGUUCUUCUCAGAAUGCAUUUUCAUUUUUAACAAAUCACAAGAGAAAUACAAAAUUCUGUUAUAAGUAUAUAGUUUUUUUAAUGUAAAUGUCAUAUGUACAUACAGAAAGUCUGAUGGUAUUUAUACAGAUAUGAAGAGUAAAACAAUAAAAAUAAAAAAAUAAACGUGUUUUUUUUCCUUUA